UCAAAUCUGAAUACAUGAAAGAAAGGGUGGGGAAGUUGUUGGGCUGGAAAACGAAAGAUAUAGAAAUUUUGAAAAGAAAAACAGUUUGGCAAAUUCCUUUUAGCGAAGAGCCUCGCUUAUUUGGAGUCAAAGAACCUUUUCCACUUAUCAAGAAUUCCGUUUGCCUUUUUAGUGAGGAGAAUGAGUGUGAAGAAGUCCGAGAACGCCGGAAAGUUGCUAAAAAGUAA